CAAUUGCCUGCAGCUUAUAUCCACCCUGGUGGAGCGGGCAGCCGUAGAAAUCGACGUCCUUUUCCCCGGCUACACCCACAUGCAGCGAGCUCAGCCAAUCAGAUGGAGCCACUGGGUUCUAAGCCACGCCGUUGCUUUGAGCAGAGACGUGGAGCGGCUUCAGGAGGUCAAGAAACGAGUGAACGUCCUUCCUCUGGGCAGCGGCGCCAUCGCCGGAACCCCGUUCAACAUCGACAGGGAGCUUUUGAGAAAAGAGUUGGGAUUUGAUGGGGUCAGUCUGAACAGCAUGGACGCCACGGGCCAAAGAGACUUUGUUGCUGAGUUUCUGUUCUGGGCUUCGCUGUGUUUGACCCACCUGAGUAAGAUGGCCGAGGACCUCAUGCUGUACAGCACCAAGGAGUUCUCCUUCAUCACGCUCUCUGAUGCCUACAGUACAGGCAGCAGUUUGAUGCCUCAGAAGAAGAACGCUGACAGUCUGGAGCUGAUUAGGAGUAAAGCAGGUCGUGUUUUUGGCAGAUGUUCGGGGUUCAUGAUGACACUGAAAGGCCUGCCCAGCACCUACAACAAAGACCUGCAGGAGGAUAAGGAGGCCAUGUUUGACUGCUAUGAUACUGUCCAGGCUGUUCUGCAAGUUAGAACUGGAGUCUUGUCUACUCUUAAGAUCAACCAGAGUGUGAUGGAAGCGGCGCUCAGUCCGGACAUGUUGGCCACUGAUCUGGCCUACUACCUUGUGAGGAAGGGG